AGGAAGUGUUCCAGGAAGGACUAGCAGUGUGAAGUCUUCUUUCCUCCGCAGUAUUUCACUGAUAAAUGAUAAAGAGCAGCCUUAGUGUCAGCCAUGGGGAGCAAACAACAGAGAAACAUUUGCCAUUUGGCCAUGGUUUAUUUUAUCUUGAGUUCAACUUCACCUGCUGCAGAUGGUCAGAUCAGAUUAACUGGGUCUGGGUCUACUCGGUGCUCUGGAAGAGUUGAAAUCUAUUACAACAACAUCUGGGGAACAGUCUGUGAUGAUAAUUGGGACUUAAACGAUGCUGAGGUGGUUUGCAGACAGUUGGGCUGUGAUACGGCACUGAGUGCCCCUCAGUCAGCCCGCUUUGGUGUAGGAACUGGACAAAUCUGGCUUGAUGAUGUAGCCUGUACAGGAAAUGAGAGGUCUCUAACUCAGUGUAAGCACAGUGGAUUUGGGACACACAACUGUGGACAUAGUGAGGAUGCUGGUGUUGUCUGUUCAGGUGUCAGAUUGUCUGGGUCUACUCUGUGCUCUGGAAGAGUUGAAAUAUAUCACAACAACAUCUGGGGAACAGUCUGUGAUGAUGAUUGGGACUUAAACGAUGCUGAGGUGGUUUGCAGAGAGUUGGGCUGUGGUACGGCACUGACUGCUACUCAGUCAGCCCACUUUGGUGAAGGUACCGGAGAAAUCUGGUUUGAUGAUGUGGCCUGUUCAGGAAGUGAGAGGUCUGUAACUCUGUGUCAGCACAGUGGAUUUGGGACACACAACUGUGGACAUGGAGAGGAUGCUGGUGUGGUCUGUUCAGUACUCCUCCCUAAGCUCAGCAUCUCCAUGAAUCCUGCUGCUAAGGUUACCUGGGGUCAGAACGUCGGCAUCACUUGUUCUGUCUUAACUCAAACUCAACAGAUUUUAAGUUCAACAUUUAUUUUGAAAAAGGCUUCAAGUUCAGUUGGAGAAACCCAAACAUCAAGUACCAACUCUGCUACCUUCAACAUACCUAAAGUCAACUUUGACAAUGAAGGAUCAUACCAGUGUCAGUAUAAGAUAACAGUUGCAGGUCAAGACUUCACCUCCUCAAGUGACUCUGUCAGCCUUUCUGUUACUGUGAGCCUCCCGAAACCUCGCAUAUCCAUGAAUCCUGUUGGUGAGGUUACCUGGGGUCAAGAUGUUGGCAUCACUUGUUUGAUCUCAACUCAGGUUUUAGGUGGGACAUUCAUCCUGCAGCACUCCUCAGGCUCAACCAGAAAGACCAAACGCGUACCAACUCUGCUACCUUCAACAUUGUCCAAGUGGACUUUCACAACGAAGGAUCGUACCAGUGUCAGUAUCAGACAAGGAGUUCAAGUCAAAACUUCAUCUCACCCCAAAGUAACGUUGUCAGACUCUCCGUUUCUGUGCUGCUGCAGCAGCCCAGCAUCUCCCUAACAUCUCCUAACAGAGGGCUGGUCUGGGGCCCUGAAGGUGCACAGAUCACCAGGGGUUUCAGCUUUGUCUUCACCUGCUCCACUUCCUCCCAUUAUCCUGGAGGUGUUUUCCAUCUCAUCUUCUCUGGUUCAAACCUCACCAACACAGAGCCAGCAGUCAACCAGUCAGCCUCCUUUUCCUUCCCAGUGGCUGAAUAUGAACAACAGGGCAACUACAGCUGUGUGUAUGAAGUCACACUGUCCUCGAGAAGAUUCACUUCUACACAGACAGCACAGAUUAGUGUCGCCA